GUGCACGGCAUCAUCAGCAAGAUGAUCAUCGGGGAGGAGCUCAUGGCGUCCCUGGACCAACCGACGGCGACGGUGAUGAUGCACCGGACGGAGCCGACGGCGACGCAGAACCUGGCGCUGCAAUUGGCCGAGAAACUGGGGAACCUGGUGGAGAACAACGAGCGUGUCCUCGACCAGAGACAGGGAGCCUACGGGGGGUACUUCCGGGACCAGAAGGACGGCGGGUACCGCAAGGGCGACGGGUACCUGAGACGAGGCGGCUUCCGGCAGGAGCGCGGCAACUACUGACCCACACCUGCCCCACGGCGGGGACCCACCUGCCCCACAGACCCCUCACCUGCCCCAUAGAUCCAUCACCUGCCCCAUAGAACCAUCACCUGCCCCACAGAACCAUCACCUGCCCCAUAGAACCAUCAC